AUGGAAAAAAUUGUUGCCGAGAUUCAUUUGAAAUACCUUCAAACGUUUAAUCAUGUCAUGGAUGUAUAUGUGUAACUAAUGAAUGAACGGAUAAAUACCAAUAUACUUUCAAGUCUAUGGACAUGCAAGUGGAAUAAUCAUAGAGAAAACACAACAUCUGCAUCAUGGCUUAUUGCUGAUUAGGAAAAUAAUAGCAAACAAAAAAUGAUUGUGCUAUUGCCCUCUCCUGGAUUGCUUGGAUUAAUAAGGACUUUUAGAUAAAUUAUAACAGAGUCUAAGUAAAUCGAUAUUGCAGGAGAUUUCGGAAAUAAGUUUUUAAUUGAAAUUAUUUGUGAUUCAUUGCAAAGCACUCUCUCUUAGUAUAUAGCCAUAGUACCGAGUAGGGGUAGAAAUCGCUAAUAUUUGUAUGAUCUUAUUUUUUUGAGAUACUUAAUUACUAAAUCUAAUAGCUUUAUGGAGGCCUGCUUGAUAAAUCACAUGAUCAGCUAAAUAAAUGGGUAAAAGUUUUCAGGGAUUAAUUAAGAUAUGCUAAAUAUUUUAAACAAGCUUUUGAUGAUCUAGGCUUUUGAAACUUUCCUUAGCAAUACAAUUUACCUAUUGACAACAGAUUUCAAAAAUCUAGAGGCAAUAAUUAAUGAUCCCUUUUACUAAGAUAAAUAAGGCGAGCUUGAUAUAUAAAAUCAGUCACAGAUAUUCAUUAGACUAUUGAAUCUUAACGAGUCAAUGCAAACUACUGAAAAUCAAUAAAAACAGCCAUAUAAAAAAAGAGAGGAUGAUUUUAUAGCAAUUAAUGCAAUGACUGGAGGUAUAAAUUAAAGUCUGCAAUGCUUAUUCUAAUUUAUAAGGGAUUGCUUUAAUAAGCAAGAUGUUGUAAAAUCUAAUUUUUUCAAAGCAAUGAUGAAUUAGUAAGGCCUAAAUGGGCCCUCUAAUCAGCAAGCAAUCAGAAACCCAUUUAAAAACAAUCUAUAAAAUAAUAAUGAAGAUGCAGAUGCAGAUGAUGUAGAAGAGAUUGAAUUAGGCUAAUAGUCUUCAAGAGAGACAUUUUAAGUUGAAGAAAUGAUGUCUAUAACCUUCUCAUCUGAUUUUAAUCAAUGGUAAUAGCUUCUUAAGUUCAACUAACAAUAGUUACAAGAAACACAAUAGAAUAUAGAUAAGAAGAUUGUUGACUACAAUUAAUUUUUGAGUGAGUAUUCUAACUUUGGGCCUAUGGUAAAACAAGCUUUACAAGAUUAGGUAAAGGAAAACCCAACAAAUUAAAGUGAGAAAAGCCUUUUGAAACAAUUUAAAUAUUUGCCUUUGAUAGUUGAUAAGGAUGGCUUUGGACCAUGCUUCCUCAACGAUUACACUAAAAUGAGAAUUAAGGGAUUUGAUAGAGGCUAUAUGUCACUUAAAACAGUCCUGUUUUGUUUGGCUAAAAGAUUUGAUAUAUGCAAAUGCUAGGAAGAUUUUCCAAAGUUGAAUGAUGAAUAAGAACAGCAAAAAAACUAGAUUUUAUAUUUGAUAAACGAAAUUUGA